AUGGCAGGAAAUUCUUUAACAAGAAGCAAUCCAUCAGUGACAAACCCACGAAACGCGCAGGCUGUCGGAAGCAAUGGUUCAAAACAUUCCAAAUUCCAGCGUCCAGAUGCGGAUCGAAGCAACAUUUCUAAUUUUCAGUUCCCUGCCGGUUCUCGUAACCAGUACCUAGACAGAGAAGACAAUUGGUUAUGCAGCCAUUACAAACGACAUUGUUACGUCAAAUUUGAAUGUUGCGACAGCUUUUGGCCGUGUCAUCGUUGUCAUAACAACCAAAGCACGUGUGGACGAAAGAAACUUAAAUCCCGUGACACGCAGUUGUUGAAGUGUGUAUAUUGUAACAAAGUUCAACAG